AUGCAAGCCUUGGUCUAUUUCUUACUCCCGGACAAGUCCAAGGCUACCUACAACCGAGUCUUCGCCAUGCUCAAAGAGUAUGCCCUCUCUGUGGGGAAAGUUUUCCAACCCACAACGGUGCAAUUGGACUUCGAAGCUUUGUGGAGGAAAGCACAGGAGCUCGGUUUACAGCCUUACUAUGGGGAUCGAGCUGUGAACAGAUUCCUCAAAUGCGUGGCAGCCCUCAGUUUGGUGCCUCUGGAGGAGAUCGAUGAAGCUUGGCUGCAGAUAGACAGCGACUCUCCGAGUGCAGACCAUCCAGCCUUCCAAGCCCUCGAUCGCUUCAAAACGUACUUCAUAAGCACGUGGUUGGAGAACGAGUCGGUUUUCCCGCGUGUUCUCUGGAACCAUUACAGGAACUUCGGAGCGCGUACAACAAACCAUAUCGAGGGUUGGCAUCACGCCCUCAAUGGUCGCGUCGGGAAACGACACGUUAACCUCUUCGAGAUCGUGUCGCACCUUCAGAAAGAAGAGCACGGCAAUAAAGCUCAACGCUCGCCACUCGAUAUGGGCAGAGCUCCGAAGCCUGUUCGGAAGAAGUAUCGAGUUCUGAACGAACGACUGAUCCGUCUGACGGAUCAAUAUGAAGCCCAGGAGCUCUCUUUGAUACAAUAUGUGAGCCGGGUCGCUCACAACUAA